CCAACCAUAAAAAUAAACCAUAAAUCGUGAUAAACAUUUCCAAUAAUGGGGAAAACACGAUUUUAAGAAACCAAUUAUCCAUUUUUUUUUAAUUGCAAGACUGACGAUUAGUGCCACUAUUUUCAAAACCAAUAAUUAAGGUCCUAGCUGUAGAAAAAAUCACAAACAUCAUCAUGUAUUUACGGCAAGAAAACAUUAAUAAUAUCAGAACAAAAACAAAAAUACCAAAAUUCAACAAUUCAAAAAAAAAAAAAAAAAAAUUGAAAAAAAAAUCGGUGCCAGCCAACUAAUCACUACCUAAUGAUUCGUAGUAUAUAAUGCCAUUUGUCCCUUCCCAGAAAAAAAAAAUUCCCUGCCAAAAAAGUCAAGUGUGACAUUGCCAUAUUUGUACAGUGUUCUUGAUACAACAAAUAUAUACAUACAUACAUACAUACAGACACUAUGAAACAGAACAAAGAAAGCCAGCAUUUGCUGCAGAAAAUGGAGCCCAAAUCAUCAACCUUUGAAAUCGAACAAGUACACCAAGAACACGAGAAAACGUGCUCAAGAACAUGGGAAGAAUCGAAGAAGCUGUGGGAAAUCGCGUUACCAGCAAUUCUCACAAUCGUCACUCAAUUCUCAAUCGGAUUCGUCACCGUUGCAUUCGUCGGCCAUCUCGGAGAAGUUGAACUCGCUGCCGUUUCCGUUGUGCAGAAUGUGCUCGAGGGAUUCGUCUUCGGCAUAAUGCUAGGAAUGGGAAGCGCACUCGAAACACUCUGCGGGCAAGCAGUGGGCGCAGGCCAGUACGAUAUGCUCGGAAUCUACACGCAGAGAUCGUGCGUUAUCACUCUCGCCACAUCGUUGUUGCUAUUGCCACUCUACAUCUUCACUACGCCGAUACUAAAUCUCCUCCGUCAGGACAAGAAAAUCUCCGAAAUGGCCGGGAAGUACGCUCUUUGGGUUGUUCCUCAGUUGUUCGCCUACGCGCUGAAUUUCCCGGUGCAGAAGUUUCUACAAGCGCAGAGCAAAAUAUGGGUUAUGACUAGUAUAUCUAUAUUUGUUUUGGGAUUUCAUGUUCUUUUGAAUUGGAUACUUGUGGUGAAAUUCGAGAAAGGUCUUCUCGGUGCUGCUAUAGCUGAGAAUAUAUCAUGGUGGCUUGUGGUUAUAGGGCAGAUUAUUUACGUGGUUUCGGGUUUUUUUCCGGAAUCUUGGACUGGAUUUUCUUUAUUGGCUUUUAAAUCGCUUUAUAGUUUCGUGAAGUUGUCGCUUGCUUCGGCUAUUAUGCUUUGUUUGGAGUUAUGGUAUUAUACUUUGGUGAUACUUAUGGUUGGUUGGUUAAAGAAUCCAGAAAUUGCUGUGGAUGCGAUUUCGAUUUGUAUGAAUUUGGAGCUUUGGACUUUAAUGAUUGCGUUGGGGUUCAAUGCUGCAAUCAGUGUUCGUGUUUCGAAUGAACUUGGAGCUAAUAAUCCGAAAGCCGCGAAAUUCUCAGUACUAGUAACUGUGGUUACAUCACUUAUUUUCGGAGUUAUAUUCACUGCAGCAAUUCUUGCAACUCGGGACUAUUUUCCGAUAUUAUUUUCCAAUAAAGACGAAGUCAUAAAAGAAACCUCCAAAUUGGGAUAUUUCUUAGCAGCAACAAUAUUCCUCAACAGCGUUCAACCAGUACUCCACGGGGUGGCAGUAGGGGCAGGAUGGCAAUUAUCUGUAGCAUUAAUAAACAUCGGGUGUUAUUACAUUUUUGGCCUUCCGUUUGGUGCAUUGCUCGGUUAUAAACUUGAUCUUGGUGUUAAAGGGAUUUGGUUAGGGAUGUUAGCUGGUUGUUUACUACAAACGGUGAUAUUAACUAUCUUUGUGCUUCGAGCUAAUUGGAGUGAAGAGGCUUUGCUGGCGGAGGAGAGGGUGAAUACUUACGGUGCAACACCAUUGCCUCGAGAUGAGAGUGCAGAAAAUGGAAUUAUUUCAGACAAUCAAGAUUCAAGUAUUAAGAAAAUCGAGUACCGUUAAACGGUAAAACUUGUCUACGAGUUCGAUUCUUUGUAUAUUAGAGAUCUAUUCAUACUAGAUUUUGGUUAGGGGUAGAAGUUAGAACAUAUUUUUGAAUUUAAAAUUAUUUAUUGGCAGUCGGUGAAAACUACACCGGGUGUUUUUUUACUGUUGGUCUAUACACACCAAUGUGGGUGUGUGGGUGUUUGUGUGUAUAUGAAUGGUAAAGAUCUACCCGGUGUAUCUCACCCGAUGUAUCAUAGAAUAGACCGGAAAAUAAUAUACAAUGACGAGUCAGCAUCUUGGCCAGUUUCAAUAAUUUACAUAAUAUUUAUUGAAAUUUAAUUUUACAGGCCUAAA